AUGGAAACUUUUUCUGCGGAUGAUAUUCAGAACCUCACUUAUCAGCUCUGUCAUACUUAUGUUCGCUGCACAAGAUCUGUAUCUAUUCCUGCCCCUGCUUAUUAUGCUCACCUUGUUGCUUUUCGUGCAAGAUAUCAUUUGGUGGAGAAGGAAAUCGACAGCGGUGAGGGCAGUCAAAAAUCUGGGAACUCAGAUGAGCGUACCCCUACGGCUAUGAUGCGUGCUGUAACUGUCCACCCAGAAACCUUGCGGGUCAUGUACUUCGCCUAA